AUGCCUCCAGUUGCCUAUGAUGUGGCGUCCAAGGAUGUCCACAAAACGAUCAAUUCCUUGAUUGACAAUAUGGUGAACAUCAAGGACGAGACUGGGGAAUUUCUUCUGCGGCUUGAAGAUGGGCGAGUGAUCGAUACAAAGGGAUGGCAAGGUUGGGAAUGGACACACGGGAUCGGAUUGUACGGCCUCUACAGAUACCAUGCACUUACUGGAUCUGAAGAGGCACUGAAAGUGAUGGAAGAAUGGUUUGCAAAUCGAUUUGCCGAAGGGGGCACUACCAAGAACAUCAAUACAGUUGCUGCGAUGCUUACGCUGGCAUACCUGUAUGAAAAGACGGGCAACCAAACCUACCUACCUUGGUUAGAGAGCUGGGCUGAGUAUGCCAUGUAUGAGCUUGCCCGAACCAAGUAUGGGGGCAUGUCCCAUCAAACAUAUAACUCGAUCAACGCGCAAGAACUUUGGGAUGACACCCUGAUGAUGACGGUGCUUCCCCUCACAAAAAUUGGCCUGCUCCUCAACCGACCGCACUACGUUGACGAGUCAAAACGGCAGUUCCUCCUUCACAUUAAAUAUCUCUUUGAUACCAAAACCGGGCUGUUCUACCACGGAUGGACUUUCGAGGACGGUGGUCACAACUUCGCCAAAGCGUUGUGGGCGAGAGGAAACUCGUGGUUGACGAUUGUCAUUCCCGAAAUGCUGGAAUUACUCAAUCUGCCUGCCAACGAUCCAUUCCACAUACACCUGAUCGACACACUCGAGGCACAAUGUCGUGGACUGCUAGAAUACCAGGAAGACAGCGGGCUCUGGCGAACGCUGAUUGAUCAGCCCUUGGCAGAGGGAUCGUACGUCGAGACCUCAGCGACCGCAGGCUUCGCGUUUGGCAUGCUAAAGGCACUGAGGAUGCGCUUUCUUCAGGGCGAAGAGUUUCGAGAGUCUGCCAUACGAGCCAUCAAGGCGACCUUGAAAAACGUCAGUCCGGAAGGAGAAUUGCUGGAGGUGAGCUUCGGGACGGGCAUGGGGCAUACAUUGCAGCAUUAUAAGGACAUUCCGCGAACGAGUAUGCCAUAUGGUCAAGCGAUGGCCAUCAUGGCUUUGGGAGAAUUUUUGCGGGUGUAUAUAUGA